AUGGGGUGGUGGAGGAAGCAGGGCACAGGAGGACCCAGACGUAAUCAGAGGAGGACCAGGAAGGACACAACCCAACCAGGACGUGACCAGGAAGAAGGCACAGGAGGCCAAUCCACACACAGUGGAGGCCACAGACACCAGGUGGAGGAAGAAGGAGGCCAGACAACAACCCCAGGAGGAAGCACAAUGACCAGGAAACAGGGACACCAGGAGGCCCACACACCAGGAAGAACAGGAGGAUCCCACAGAGGCCACACACAUGGAGGCCACAAGGCAGGAGGAAGGAGGACACCAAGGUGGAGACACCAGAGGAGACCACAGACGGACCCAGGAAAUGGAGGAGGCCCACAGACACAUGGCCAACCAGGACGCAACCCAGGAAAAUAUGGAGACACACACACCCAGGUGGACGAACAGGAAAAUAGACACAGGCAGGAAGGCCUGGACCAGACACAAGGACCAGACAGGAGGAACAUGGAGGUCACAGACGACCAGGAGGAGGUCAAGGACAACAAGGAGGAAUGGACAGGAGACGCAUGUGGAAGGACCCCAGGAACACCCAGGAAGGAAAAUAGAUGGACAGGAGGAAAGGAAGGACUGGAUGGAAGGAGGAAGAAGGAGACACCAGAGGAGACCACAGACACUGUGGCCCCACAAAACCCAGACGCACACAACCCAGGCAGGACCACAAGUGGAGGCACACACAACCCCAGGAUCAACCCAGACAGGAGGCCCACAGACACUGUGGAGGCCACACAGGAGGUCCCAACCCAGACGACCAGGCGGAGGACUGCCCAGACAAAACCCAGGUCUGUAGACACCAGGCAGGAGGCCACAGACGCACACAACCAACCAGACACCAGGCACAGGGCCACAAACCCCAGGAGGCCCACACAGAGGUCACACCAGGCACAAACCACCAGACACCAGGUGGCACAGGAGGCCAGGACCGGGAAGAAGGACCCCAGGACACAACGCACACAGACGUGGAUGGACAAAAUAGAUGGACCGGAGGGCCAACAGGAGGAAUGUAGACAGACCAGGAGGAAGGCACAACCACAGAUGGAAUGGACACAGACCAGGAAAUAA